AUGGCUUCCAGUGUUUACACCAUCCCCAACUUCAGCCGAUUCAGUGUAUUCACAUACAGUCGGUUCAAUUUAUCUGAAAGUGAAUCGGAUAUUUGCGUAUUCAUCAAAGAAUACAAAGAUCGCAUAAAAAGACAGCUGCUCCGAGAAGAAGAGAAUGACAAAACUCCAUUUAUAUCGUUUGCCGAGAAGAAACCUAGUUCAGCCAACGUAGCAUGGCUAAAUGAAAACUACAAGAGAUUCUUUCAAUACACGCCGAACGAAUCGGUCCUCAAACUACAUUUUCUCUCCGAUCUAGGUUUUAUUAAUUGCAUGGUGUAUUCUCCAGAUGGAAAUUUUAUUGUUGUUGGACAUUCAAGUGGUUUGAUUCAGAUGCGUCAUGGGCAGACUGGGGUGGUGCUGUACACCCUCCGCAACAUCCAGUUUCCACCGAAGCCGAUUUACUCUAUCUGCUUCAGCCGCUUGGACGACAAAGUUUGCUACGCGUCCUGCAUGGACGGCACCGUUUACCGCAUUGAAAUUCCGAAUAUGAACUUCUCAACUGAAGAGGUCCCAAAAUACUGUAUUCGAACUGACCCAGGCUUGGAAUCCUUGAACAUGCAGUUUUACGGGGCUCCCGGAAUGUCAACUCAUGCGCAACCCUUUAUUUCCCAGAGAUCACCUGCAUUGUCGAUGGGCGUAACAGCUGACGAGUCCAAGAUGGUCGUUGGUUAUGGUGACACUUCUAUCAAGAUAUACGACAUGGAGACACAGGAGGCCGAAGCAACAUUCAAAGUGCACAAGCUGCGUCUGCAGUUCAUUCCGAAGAAGCUGCAGCGUAUGCACUUUGGGCAGGUUUGCGCAAUGCGGUGCCAUGAUCAGAAGCCGUAUAUGUUCGCCACAGGAGCUUGGGACAAGACUUUGAGGAUUUGGGACGUGAGAUGCAAAGUCGGCUGCGUGAUGACGUUUGAAGGCGUCGACAUUUGCAGCGACAGUAUUGAUCUUAACAGAGAACAAUGCAUCGCCGGCAGCUGGCUGCCCACAGAAGCACUGGGAGUGUGGGAUUUGACAGCUAGGAAGAGGCUGAACAUCAUCAGGGUUCAGAAUAGACGUCCUGACGUGGAUGGAGAGUACAUCUAUGCUUGUCGCUAUUGGAGAUCCAACCAGUUUAAUCGUAAAGGCAAGUAUGCCGUCAUCGGUGGAAGUGGUACCAAUUGUGUUGAAGUUAUCAACCUUCACAACAGGUACAUCACGUGUUCCUACCCCGCUCCCGGCACAGUUCUCGCCAUAACAAGCCACGAAGAGCGCAUCGCGUUCGGCGGAACCGCUCCAGUAUUCAACAUCGUCUCCUUCCACGACCCUAAGCACGAGAAGUACGAGUCUCCCGAAGACGCCGAAUAUGACAUCACUAAGUCGGUGACUUUGUUCCGUGAUGAUUCUGACAGUAUAUGCUCGAAGUCAGAAGUGGAUGGAACCAAGUCGGUAAUGGCCGCCGCGUCGAACGCCGCGUCCAUGACGGCGCCUUCGAUGAUCAGCCGUGUGUCUGUCGGUGCCGCUGCUAGCCAAAAAUUGGCUUGAUAAU